AUGCUGUCGGCUGCUGAGAUCCGCCUCCUGGAUCUCUUGCCAUCUACGGAGUCUGAUGAUCAGCGGGCUCCGAUUUGCAUCCAGACUCGAGUCGUGCCAAUUUCCGGCAACACCCAAUUUGAGGCCCUUUCAUACGUCUGGGGUAAAAAAAAUGAAGCUGCCAGUAUUAUAGUCGAUGAACUCCAAAUCACGGUUACCCGAAGUCUUCAUAGCGCCCUCAAGCGGAUUAGGUUGUCAAACACCAAGAGAACCCUCUGGAUCGAUCAGCUUAGCAUUAAUCAGAAUGAUGAAAAGGAGAAGAUGAAUCAAAUUCCUUUGAUGGGCCAAAUAUACUCCACAACGAGCCGAUGUCUCAUAUGGCUCGGCGAACCAAGGCCAGAUAUUGCACAUUCUGAUGCUGUAGCCGCUCUCGACAUCCUUCAUUUCAUGGCAAGCUACGAAAAAGACAAGACUCCUUCUCAAGCUAUUCCGCCUUGUCUGGCUUCAGAAAUGACCAUUGCCGCUCCUUUGGCUGCCUUAGGGUCAAUCUGCGUGGAUGAAAAUGUAUGGUGGCAUCGAAUAUGGACAUUGCAGGAAGCUAUUCUUCCAUCGAGGGCUGACAUCUUAUGGGGAGUAUUAUCCAUCUCAUGGGACGAAAUUGUGCGUGCAGGUCGAAACAAACCAAUUCCACCGCUCGAUCGCGUUGCCAAGGCCCAUCGCGAUGUAGUCAACAGACUGUUUACACAGAUUAAUGGCAUCGAGUACGCCAAACAGAAGACUGAGGGACCGCUAGAAACGGCUUUUCGAUGGAGCUUUCGUCAGGCUACCAACACACACGACAAGGUGUACGGCUUCUUGGGCCUUUUUCCAAAGGGGACUCUCAAACGGGCUGAAUGCUGCGAUUAUAGGCUUCCAUUAGCCAGCUUGUGUGCUAUGUUCACAGCAGAUGUCGUUGAGCACGAUAGAAGUUUACGACCAAUUGCAAUCUGGAGUCGCUGUGGCCUUCCAGAAAGCACACCCAAUAUACCUGGAUGGGCUUUCGAUAUUGCAGUCACCACUCGCCAACAGCCUCUCUUUUAUAAGGGGGAGGAUGUGAAUUGGUACCUUAUGCAUCACUACGAAUGGCAUUCCGCAUCAGCACAGUCGGACAUAGACUGGAGCCAGUUUCAAUUUGACCAGAAAAUUAAUUCUCUAACCUUGACGGGUUGCCACAUCGACCAAAUUGCUUUUAUUGGAGACAGACUGGAUAGCUACAGUCAAGGCGUCGAUUUCGUCUCAGAUUCAAGCGUGUGCGCUCAGAUUCUUAAAUGGUACAACAUGGCAAAAGCUUUCUUCAGCUGUCAGUCGGAGUCAACCAAGCGUCAUAGAUGGCAGGAUGCCUUCUGGAGGGGCUUGAUAGACAAUGUUAAGUCAGAUGAAGAUCUGAGACCCCAGCAUCCUGCUACGUCAUAUGAUGUUGAACUUUUGAAGGAAUUUGUUUAUACCGGUAAGCGCACGUCGUCGACCUUGGAAGCCAUGGCAACCCUGAGCCAUAGAGUCAUGUUUAUCACCGGUAUGGGCAUGUUAGGGUUCGGUCCUCGAUACCUAGCUGCCCAGGAUGAGGUAUGGAUCUUGCACGGUGGAAAGGUUCCAUUUGUUCUACGUCCGCAAACUGCCACUGAGUUCCAAUGUAUAGGUGCUUCGUAUGUCCAUGGUAUCAUGAAUGGAGAAGCCUUGUCAAGGACGGAUAUAAGGCUCGUUGUUCUAAGAUAA